GUGAUUAAAGAACAUUAUUUCUUCAUGGGUUGGGGUGGGAGCUUGGUUUCCAUUGUAAAUUAAUGCUGUGGAUGGGGGCCCUGAGGUAUUAAGUUCAGAAAAAUAGUGGGGGAAAUGGGAAAGAUAGUCAGUAGUUGAAUUAGUGCUUUAGAAGCCAUUUUAAAAAGAUAUGAAAUAAAAUGCAUUAAUCUCUGUUAUUUAAAAAUAGCUGGUAGAAAAGUGAAAGUUAAACAUGAGACCCUUCUAGAUAAAAAAGCUUGAUACUCCUUGGCCAAAGAAUUGUAUUUCCAAAUAGGGAAAAACAAUAUAUAUUUCCUAGGUGGCUGAUGGGAAUUACUGGGCAGAUAUGAAACACUUCUGGAGCGUUAGCUUGUAUCCUCUGGGUAGUUAAAACCUGAGUACCCUUCGAUCCCCUAAACUGAUUAUCUUUGUGGCCAAGAUCCCAGUUCUUUCCCAUGAAGUUUUAAGGUCUGAAACAAAUCAGAGAAUGCAGCUCAGGGCUUGUUAAUUUGACCCCAACAUACUGUGACAAGCACCAUGGUAGGUCCUGGGAGUGGGAGGAGAGGGGCUGUCACCCAAGUUCCAAGUUGUGGGACCAGGAGCCCUGCCGUUUCAGAUCCCCUGGACUGGAACUUGCAGAAGCUCUGGCUUUAGCAAAGAGUUGGGUGGGGCUAGAGAGCAUCAAAAGGGAGCCUGACUGGAUGGGGUUCUCUUUUAACUUUAAAUUCUGUCGCUUUAAUCACUUUCCACGGAAACAACAUAUUUGGGGCUGGAGGCAAUGUUCUACCCCGGGGAUUGUGCUGGAAGAGUGUAAAGGAUCAGGUUGUAGAUCAUCACCGUGCAGCCAGCGGGGGUGAAUGCUGCAGCCUGUUGGAUGAAUAGCAGGAAAUGGCAUGCCUGCCAGAACACAUCAUUUCAACUCCAGCUUCUACGGUGCUAAUUGCCUGAACAGUAAUAACAAGAAGGAAAAAAAAGAAAAGGGAAAUUAAAGAAAAGAGGUUAUGAGAAGCUAAAUCUGCAGGGACACAAAAAAGAGCUACCAGAGUUUUUGCACCCUAUAGGAAAAUAGUUGGCAGAUGCAAAGCGGGAGCUGGAGGGAGGGGAAAAAGGCUGGGCUUAAGCAACCUGCUCCUGGGAUUUAGACAAAGGAGGUUUGAGAGAGGCAGAGAACGAGGCGAGGCGGGAUCGGUUUCUGAUACCAGCUUGGGGAGAGAGCCAGCAGCUGGAGUCCUGGGAUAAAACUGAAUAAAUUCACAGCAGCUCCUUUCCAGGUAGGAAUUACUGUAGUAUGUACCAAAAUAAGAACUCAAAGAGAAAAAAAAGUAAGUUUGGGAAAGGAAUUAGAGGUUUUCCUGAUCUUUGAAAUUCUGCUCAUCUUUGAGGCAUGCCUUCAUUGAUACGUUUCCUAUUUAUAGUUCCUGUCUUGGCUGUAAUCAUUUUGAUCGUGUUCUAUGUGUUCAAUUUUGGGGGCGACCAAAGCUCCCAGAAGCCAAACAUCUCAGAGACUUUGAUGCUGAAUCAAGUUUGCACAUCCUUUAUCAAAGGGAAGACAUCUUUCCUGUGGAGAAGCAAACUGACCAUUUAUGAGAAAUCUUCUUGUGAGGAAUACUUGACCCGAAGUCACUAUAUCACGGCCCCUUUAUCUAAAGAAGAAGCUGAGUUUCCUUUGGCAUAUAUCAUGGUCAUCCAUCACAAUUUUGAUACGUUUGCGAGGCUCUUCAGGGCAAUUUACAUGCCCCAAAAUGUCUACUGCAUUCACGUGGAUGAGAAGGCAACAGUUGAAUUUAAAGAUGCAGUGGACCAGUUACUGAGCUGCUUCUCCAAUGCUUUUCUGGCUUCCAAGAUGGAGCCCGUUGUUUAUGGCGGGAUUUCCAGGCUCCAGGCUGAUCUCAACUGCUUGGGAGACCUCAUGGCCUCAGAGAUUCCCUGGAAGUACGUGAUCAACACUUGUGGGCAAGAUUUCCCCCUGAAAACCAACAAGGAAAUAGUUCACUAUUUGAAAGGGUUUAAAGGGAAAAAUAUUACCCCAGGGGUGCUGCCCCCAGCUCAUGCAAUUGGACGGACUAAAUAUGUGCACCGGGAACACCUGGGCAAAGAGCUCUCCUACGUGAUAAGGACAACAGCACUGAAACCACCUCCACCCCAUAAUCUCACCAUUUACUUUGGCUCUGCCUAUGUUGCUCUAUCAAAAGAAUUUACCAACUUUAUCCUCCAUGACCCUCGGGCUGUUGAUUUGCUCCAGUGGUCCAAAGAUACUUUCAGUCCUGAUGAACAUUUCUGGGUGACACUCAAUAGGAUCCCAGGUAUGUGGUUCCAUAUUUCAUACCAAGGAGUUACGCUCUAUUUGAAAGGGCUCUUGAAGAACGUGCCAUUUUUAAUUAGAAGUGGCGGAUGACUAAAAUUAAAACUAAAAUAUAUAGAUCUGACCCUAAUCCUUUUUAGAGGCAGAAUGACAUUCUUUGUGAUUGUAUAAGUAAUCCUGCCAAGUAAUGCCUUGCGGUGGUAUUGCUUUGCAGUUUAUCACAUUCUUUUGCACACAUCAUCUUAUUUACUCUUUACUGUAAGAGAUAUUAUUGUUCUCAGUCUAUGCUGUGAUUCUUUCUUUCCCUUAAAUUUGGGAAACUUGUUUUUACCUCAGGACCUUUGCCUUGUCCAUUCCCUAAGUAGA